GUGCUUUACUUAAAUAACAAUUCCCUCUCAGGGCCUCUUCAAUUACCGUUUCAUUCCUAUUUCAAUUUGUCAUUGUUAGAUAUCUCAGAUAAUCUCUUCCACGGAAUUAUUCCACCAGAUAUUGGAACACAUUUUCCGAGAUUGGAAUUUGUAGACUUGUCUAAAAAUGAUUUCAAUGGUAGCAUUCCUUCUUCAUUUCGAAAUAUGAGCCUAUUGAAAAUUUUAGACUUAUCCAACAAUGAUAUUUCUGGAAGUCUACCCUCUGAUUUUAGCUGUUCAAAUAUGAUAGGAGUUCAUUUGUCUAGAAAUCAGCUUCAAGGAUCAUUAGAAGAUGCAUUUUUCGAUUGCCUUCGAUUGGUUGUGUUAGAUCUUAGCCACAAUAAUAUGACUGGAAGCAUUCCAUCAUGGUUUGAAAGAUUUUAUCAAUUGGGCUAUAUGAUUUUGGGUCAUAAUAAUAUUGAAGGGGAAAUCCCAAUUCAGUUGUGCAAUUUGACCCAAUUAAGCUUGAUUGACCUUUCACAUAAUAAUCUGUCUGGUCAUAUUCCCCCUUGUCUAAGAUCUACAAGCAAUUUUGCUUCCUUGUCUUUGUCUAGUGGUGAAGAGAUAGAAUUCACAACGAAGAGAAAUAUCUAUUCUUACCAAACAAGCAUGCUGGAUUACUUCUCAGGAAUUGAUCUCUCAUGCAACAAGCUGAUAGGCCAAAUUCCUAUCCAAAUUGGUUACCUCAAUGAGAUCCAUGUACCAAAUUUAUCCCACAACAAUUUGAAUGGAAAAAUCCCAGCAUCAUUUUCUAACUUGAGUCAAAUUGAAAGCUUGGAUCUUUCACACAACAACUUGCAAGGGAACAUUCCUUCUCAACUCACUGAGUUGGAUUUUUUGGAAGUCUUCAAUGUAUCAUGCAAUGAUUUAUCUGGUAAAACACCGGAAAAGGUUAAACAGUUUGCAACAUUUGAUGAAAGCAGCUAUCGAGAUAACCCUCUUCUUUGUGGAUGGCCAUUGCAAAAAGAUUGUGCUACAAUGGAAUCUUCUCCAUCAAUCUCAAGAAAUUCAAAUGAUACUGAAGAAAGUAAUUGCUUCAUUGACAUGGAAGGUUUUUAUGUGAGUUUUGGGGUGGCUUACGUUAUGGUGUUGUUGACAAUUGCUGGAGUUUUAUUCAUAAAUCCAUAUUGGAGGCAAGUUUGGUUUUACUUCGUUGAGGUUAGUAUAGACAAGUGCUACUAUUUUCUAAUAGACAAUCUUGGUUGUUUGUCCAAGUUUAAAUUAUUUUGAUGGUGAAAUCAAUAUCAAGAAUUAUGUAUUUAUAUACUUUUACUUUCAACAUCAAUAAAUAAUGUAAAAUGUG